GGGAUGCGGGACCGGGACGCAGCAGCCGCCGCGGGCCGGCGGGGGUGUGAGCGCCGGUGCUGCCCCCGCACACCGACAGGCAAGUUCCUAAUUCUCUGCUCCGCAGAAGGGCUUUCGUUACUUGUUACCGGAGUUACACGGAGGGCAAGGCCUUUUAAAAACCGAUGCAAAAUCAUUCAGAUUCACUGCAUUUUGCCCCCUAAGGAGCAACGGAAAAGUUUAUCUAAGGUUUCCACCUGUUUCUUUUCAGUUUGUGCGCUCUGCUCUGGCGUUUUCCGUCUUUUCCUUGUCUGUGUGGGCAGGUUGCCUUCAUCGCCAUUUCAUUCACACAGAAUAUAAGACUAAAAGAACUGUUGUGCUGGGGGUUUUUUUUGGUAAAAGAUGUCAAACCAAUCAUGUCUUUGUAGUGUCAUGUAAAAACACAAAUGCAUCUGCAUGCAUUAGAAAUACUGCACUAGAAGUGCUUUAGAAAAAACAUAAAUACUUUAACUUACUUUCACAGCCCUGUCCUCAACUCUCUCAACAUACCAGGUGGCAAGUGGGUGCUUGCAAAAAUUACUGCGAUUAUUUUAAAAACCAGACCUUUUUCUUGUAGAAUUUUAAAAGGGAAAAUUACUGUUGCCCAGAGGCUCUUCAUUCACUUUAGUUUUUAGCAGCAUUUUUUGGACCAUGAGAUUUUGGCAAUGCCUGAGUUUGAAGCACCUGGAAUGGAUGUCCUGAUUACUCUGGGGAGAAGAGUGAUUCUUCCCAGUCCCAGUGGGAAACACAAGUGAUCCUAGCUGUGGAUCCAGGAACCACCAUGAUUUGGCUACACAUACGUACAUACCUACAGCAGAUCCUUUGUUUAAUGUAGCAGAUUUUCCUAGGCCAUUUGCUGUUUGUGUUUGAUGGGAAGUCUGACAGCAGAGAAAUUUAAUUCAGAGUGAAAUCUCUCAUUUCCACAGCUGACAAAGGGAAGAGUACUUUUUUGUACUUUUUUUUCCACAGGCCCAGGAUUUUAUCUCAUAUAGAUGUGAAGCUCCUAAACCAGAAACUCCUAUUUCCAAGGGCACCCUAGGAAAUGAGGUUUUUAGCCAGGCUGUCACAGGAACAGACACUCCUAACACGUGAAAACCAAGAUCUGGGACAUCCACGAGGGCUGCUUGGCUGAGGACAACAGGAUCAGGUCACCGAUGGACGGUGGACACUUAGCCGAGAGCAGCGAGGAGCUCUCCAGCCCGGGCGCAGAGCCCGAUUCCUCUGCCGGCGGCAGCAAUUGCUGCCCGCCGCUGGCGGCCGGGCCGCGGGCCGGGGCCGCUCCCGCUCCGGGCCGCCCCGCCGCCGCCAACGCCGCCCGGGAGCGCAGCCGGGUGCAGACCCUGCGGCACGCCUUCCUCCAGCUGCAGAAAACUCUGCCCUCGGUGCCGCCCGACACCAAGCUCUCCAAGCUGGAUGUGCUCCUCCUGGCCACCACCUACAUCGCGCACCUCACCCGCAGCCUUCAGGAUGAGGAGGAGUCACCGGGAGAGGGCUUGGGCACCCUGCGCGGGGAUGGAUACCUCCACCCUGUCAAGAAGUGGCCCAUGCGUUCCAGGCUGUACAUUGGAGCCACGGGACAGUUUCUGACUCACUCGGCACAAGCAGAGAGCGCAAACCAUGGGGAAACAUCAACAUCUUCACAGAUCUAACCUCCCUUCUUGCUCUGAAAAAAAUGGUUAUUUAUUACACCUCAUAUAAAUAUAUAUUUAAGUUAAAAAACCAGUAUCUACAGACAAACUGUAAUUCCUGAAAUGCUGUUUGUAGAGGAGAAGGAAUUGAUUCUUAAAUGUAAUUAAUACCUCAUUAAGUUGACGUGACACAUCAUUGGUUUCUAUCGCUGCUGCAGUCUGAAUGAGGGGGAGCUGGUGGUGACUACAGCCAGCACCAAUCCAAGCAGCAGCAGCAAAGAGCUGCCAGCAGAGUUAAGUAUCCUUGUCCUCUCUGGGACAAGCGCUGUGAGAAAAGAGAGGAGGAGUUAUGUGCUAAUGGCCAAGUACAGGGCAGAACAGGCUUGGGUGAAGAGAGAAGGGCAAGGCUAAAAAUAGCAACUGUAAUCCCACAUAGACUUUCUCCACUGCUUAAAGCCGAUGGCAGAAAUCCCCUGACCGCAGCUGUCAGGUCAGGGCUCCAGCCGUCGGAGAGUCCUACACGUCUGUAGCUAUUGCUGGGAAUGUGCUGGGAAUACGUGUGCACGUUCAUGGAGGAAAAAUGUGCUGAGAGACUUGUCCCUCCUGCACAGAGUGCUGCAAUUCGAGCACUGCUUGUACCCACCACAGGACUGCGCUGCAUGUUACAGGCUCAGCCUGUGUUUGCUCCCCCGGCACAACCACGUGUCUGCUCACCACACCACAGCUCAUUUCAUUUAAGGGGUUCUCUUGUUGGAGCAGGUGAACCCAAAGUGUUGGCUUGUUUACUUAAACAUCUGUGUUUAGGCAAGAAAAGAGUUGAAGCUAAAUGCACAAAUGUCAUCUGUUAUAUCUGUUCUGUAAAACACUGUAAUUCUUAUAUGGUUUGUUACUGCUGAGGUAAGUGUUCUAUUAAAUAUUAUUCAGUGAAUAUUAUAUACUUUGAGUUGCAAAAUCUGUUAUCAGCUUCUCAUUGUACACAAUAAUAUUCUACAUUUAUUGAUGGUGUCUUUUUUCUGAAAGCUUCAUGGUUUAAAUUUAAAAACUGUAUUUAGAAAAACAAAAUUAUUAGCCAGAACAACUUUCAUAAAAACAGUAUGGUAAAAUCUGGAGCUCUCAACUGCCCCUGCAGCAUUCUGAGCUUUUAACAAGAUAAUAUACCCGGAAAGGACACUAUUCAAGAACAGGAGAAAAAAAUUUAAAAGAUUCCUCAGUAUUUUUAAAAGGCUUAUUCCUUUAAAUUGAAAGAUUCUGACUGCUUAACCAAGAAGCAGGGGGUCAGUUGGACGUCAGGAGGAGUUUCUUCAAGGAAAGGGCUGUUAAACAUUGGAAUGGGCUGCCCGGGGAAGUGGUGGAGUUGUGUGGUGGAGUCACCAUUCCUGGAGCUGUUCAAGGAAAGUCAGGAAAUGUCACUUAGUAAAGGCUGAUCAAAAUGACAAGGUGGUGAUCAGUCAAAGGUGAUCAGUAGUCUUCUCCAACCUAGUUGAAUUUGUAAGAAUGAAAAAUGCUUUAGCAAUAAGGGUUAAAAACAUGGAAAGUUAUGAAUGGAUGGCACAGAGAAUACAUCUCAGACUUAAGCAAGCUACAAGACCUGCAUCAGUUUCUCAUUGUACAUGAUAAUAUUCUGAAUUUAUAGAUAUUGUCUCCUUUCUGAAGACUUUAAAUUUUAAAUUACUUCUAGGAAAAAAGGAAAACCAAAAUACUACCAAGAACAACUUUUGUUAAAAAAGUAUGGUAAAAUUUGGAGCUCCCCACAACCCCUGCAGUAAAUACUAAAUAUUUACCAUGCUCUGCAGCCAGAUAAUCAGAGCAGCAAGCACUGUCGCUACUUCCUGUAGCUGUAUCCCUAAGACUUUCAGCAUUUUAUGGAAUUACUACAGGCUUGUAAGAACAUGCAAAAUUACAACAGCAGUUUUUCAGUUAAGAAGAGUUCCCUGUAUUUAUGAGUGGGGAUUUUUUUUUCUUUGAGACAGAUUAUUCUGCCUCAGAAGUAUGCCCUUCCUUCCAGAACACAGCAGCUUAGGCAACAGGCUCCCUUCGACCAGGGCAAGAGUUUCAUCUUAUAGAAAGGAGGAUAACAACAAAUCCUCUGAACCUGCUUGCUUCAAUCCUGAUGUUUGGUUCCAGUGCUACAUUUCCUAGGCACAGUUCAUAUCCUCGUGUACUGAAACACAAGAGUUUGGCAUUUAACACUAGGAGUAUGCACGUGCCGAGGAACACAGUUGAAAAUGUUUACACACUGCUAUCAGAAGUUGGCUUUCCUCAUGAAGGAAGCUAAAAGAUCUCGGCAAGCUUCAGUCAUUGCCUUCACAGCCGUUCCUUUGGAGGGAUGGGACAGGUGAACUUCCCGCUGCCACAGGAGAGGCGCUGUCCCUGCAGACCCUGCGGCACACGGAACUCCUCUCCGUGCUGCUCGCAGCCGGAACUCCAGCAGUGCCUGCGGACACGGA